UCGCAAUGCUACAACGUUUUAAUUUCAUUUGAUGACGAAAUGGCUACGGAUUCGAGGCCGACCAUCAAAGGUGGUAGUAGAACACCGGUAGGACGGAGGUCGACUUGCCUUCUCUCAUUCGAUCAACGACAGACAACAUCCAUUCUUCGACAUUUUCUCGGGUGCUACUGAGGUGCUAUAUGUCAUUCUCAGUCAGUCACUGAAUGACUAGAAGUCCAUCGGUGCAUCUUCCUUGACCAUAACUGCGCAGUCAUAUUUAUAGAAUCCGCGGGUGAUGUUCAGGUAUCACAAUGACUUUUUUUGGGAUGACUGCGCGACGAGCGUGAUGACUUUAAUCUUCCUCCCGUCUCUUCUCCACCACCUUUUCAUCCGUACGUUUUCUGCCUGAAUCAUGGCACGGAGUGGCCAUUUCGAUUCGUCCACUAUAAGUCUUUUGACCGGUAGCCCAUCACAAAGGCUGCGCAAUCGUGAUUCAGAAUGGGGUGACAAUCCAUAUCCUGCGGGGUCAACAAGUUCGAGAACGCCGUCAUUGUCUGGCAAAUUUUCGCUCGGUGCUGACCCGUUGACGUGGGGCUCUAAUCUGUCACCAAACGUCGAAGAGCCUGAUGAUGCACUCCACUUACCUAUGGUGCGCGGCGGAAAGAUAGUAGAAGAUGCAGAUCUUUCUUUCUCAAGGCGAGGGAUCGCAAACGUAGGCUGCUUGGCGAUUCUUUGUACGGGGAUCCUUAUGCUAUUUAUCGGGUAUCCCAUUAUGACAUACGUGCAAGACCUAAAUACGACAACAACAAGUUCAAAUCUUGGAGUCAACGCUUCAGGCCAGGUUCCCGAUAUUGGUAACUUCGGCCUCAUUGACGCGGACACCCCAGAAGAUGCUUACACCUUCACUUCGUGGCGAGAUGGAACUGAGUGGCAACUUGUCUUCUCGGACGAGUUCGAGACAGAGGGGCGUACGUUCUAUUCUGGCGAUGAUCCUUACUGGGAAGCAGUCGAUUUGCAUUACUGGGCAACAAACAAUAUGGAGUGGUAUGAUCCUGCAGCAAUAACGACUGCGAAUGGCUCUCUACAAAUCACUUUGUCCAAGAAAGAAACACACGACUUGGAUUACCAAGGAGGUAUGGUGUCGACAUGGAACAAAUUCUGCUUCACCGGUGGUUAUUUAGCUGCCUCUGUUCAGCUUCCUGGGAUCAGUAAUGUUGUCGGUUUGUGGCCCGCCGUAUGGGCUAUGGGAAAUCUAGGGCGUGCAGGGUACGGCGCGACGCUGGACGGAAUGUGGCCUUACACGUAUGACGCUUGUGAUGUCGGAACAGCGCCUAACCAAACUAUUAACGAUGAACCCACGGCUGCACUAACUAGCGGUUACUCAAGUUCGAAUUAUGAGCUCUCAUAUCUGCCUGGACAGCGUCUCUCGCGGUGUACCUGCGACGGCGAGAGCCAUCCAGGUCCUAAACAUUCUGAUGGCACAUACGUCGGGCGCUCUGCUCCCGAAAUAGAUGUCUUCGAAGCCCAAGUUAGCGAUGAAAUUGGCGAAGUAUCGCAAUCUGGACAGUGGGCACCAUUCAACAAGGGAUACGUUUGGGAUAAUAGCACGAACAACUUGAUCAUCGCAGAUAGCAGUAUAUCUACACUGAACUCGUACAUUGGUGGAUCGACACAGCAAGCAACUUCAGUGGUCUCAACGACAAACUCGGAAUGCUAUCAACUAUCGACUGGAUGCUAUGCUACUUACGCUUUUGAGUACAAACCUGGGUACGAUUCUGACGGCGCUUAUAUCACAUGGGUAAACGACGGCAAGGUGGCUUGGACCAUAAACGCCGCAGGCGUUGGAGCUGACACGGAUACCGAAAUUUCUGCCCGACCUGUUCCAAAAGAACCCAUGUAUAUCUUGGCGAAUCUCGGAAUGUCGACAAACUUCGGAGAUGUAGACUUGGAGCACCUCACCUUUCCGGCAAUCAUGCUCAUAGAUUGGAUCCGCGUAUACCAGGAUCCGGAUAACAUUAACAUCGGGUGCGAUCCGGAGGAUUUUCCGACGGCUGAUUAUAUCUCGACCUAUUCGGGUGCAUACACCAACCCUAAUUAUACAACAUGGGUCGACGACUAUGGCCAGACGAUCCCUAAGAAUUCUUUGGUGAAUGGCUGCUAGAUGGGACAUUUUGGUUUCCUGUCAGGACUUUAUAAACAGUAUUUGUCCAUCAUUAAUGUAUUAUCAGCGUUCAGGAUUUUCUGUCUUAUUACUGCCUACACGUAUUACGCAUUACAAGCAGUCAUUACAUUAUUUAUUCCUCCUCAUGUAGAGCAGUUUAACUGUUCAGGCAAUACUGAUAUUUGUUGCCAGCUGGAAGAAAUCGUCAUUUUCGGAAGUCACCUUU